AUAUUUUCAAUGGUAUGAUUAGUAAACUGUAAUCCGAAAAUAUCCGUCUUGUUUUGCGAAACAAUUGUCCGCUUGGACGAUUUAAAUUUAAAUGAAAGACGCACACUGAGCUGCAAAAAUGCCACAUUAUUUCUAUUGGUGGUAGUUUAGAAUAUUGUGCCACACUUGUGUGACUAAAUAGUAAUCAAAAUGCAUUAUUUUGUAUGUUUAUUAUACAAACAAGUCAACUGUGUUAUUUUUUUUGUAGUUUUAAAUGAAAAAGAAGAUAAAAUUAAAAUAUGAUACAGGCUUUUCAUUGGACAUUAAUCAUUUUAAAAUCACAGGAUGUAUUUUAAUCAUUAGAAUAUACAAUCAAGGCAAUAAAAAUGUAAUGUCAUUGGUUUUAUAUUUAUUUAUUGUUAACGAUUAAAAAAUUGAUUUAAACAAUUGUAUUUAUUAAAUACUUUUAUUUCCUCCCCCAAAAACUGCUGACUUCCUAUUAGAACUACAAACAUGGUGUCGUUUUGACACAGUUUUGGCGCCAUCUAGUGUUUAACUUCCUGUACCAGAAGGCGACUGAAUGUCAACCGAUUACAGGGCGGUGCUAGUUUUCAGGCUAACAAGCAGGUGAGACGAAAUUAAACACAACUUCAGCUCUUGUACAUCAGUUCAUCUAAAUGGUAACCUAAUUUCCCUCUGAUCUCAAGAUGCUCCAGUAUUCUACAGACUCCGUCAAUAAAACAAGGCAAGCUCAUGAGAACAUCUGUAGAGCCAACGGUCCAAAUAAUGAAGCUCAAGGUGUGCUGAAAAAAAUGUCUGUCCUCAAUGGCUGCGUAUCUGGAAGCAGUAGGACAAAACCAGUCGAAACGAAUUUCACCAAGCCACCAUACGUGCUCAAUGGAUGUUUAAAGCAUGGCUUCGAGGGCAAGCAUAACAAAGCAGCACCUUCGAGGACUCAUGAAAAACAAAAAAGCACAUUCUUGGCUGCUUGUGGUCCUGCGUUGGCUGGCGGAGGCAUCCAUGGCAGCUCUCCACGUGGCAUCUUGGUCAACGGGGGCACGAGAGGGCGCCACGCGUGGACCACCUCCAAGCCACAGGCAACAGAAACUGGGCACCCUGUGAAGAUCAGGGCGAAGAACCAGAGAAGGAAAAGGAGGCAUAAGAAAAGAGACUCAUCGCACCAAUGUCCUGAGGAACCAACACAGGAAUUGACACCGCCAGUGGAGGAGGAAGAUUGGGAAAGUGAGUGCCAAGCCGACUGGGAAAAGAAAUUUGGAGUCCAACCGUAUGGUCCAGAGGAUGUGCUACAUUUUGCUUUGCAGGACUUAUCACUGGAACACUGGGAGUUGGGAACUGUACCCAAUUACAGCCCAGCCGUACAUCACUCACACCCAGUCCAGUGGACCUGCCCCAGCACCAGUACAGAGCCUGAACAGUUUGCAGAUGCAGAUGAGUAAAGCAAAAUAUUCUGUAUUUGUAGCACCGUCGUUCAAUUCUAUCAGCCUUGUUGGCCGUUAAUGGCAGUGUGGGGAUUUUCAUUCUUUUUUAUCAAAACGGUUCUGUGUCGUUAUCCAUGCUGAGAGUAUUUGUUUGAGAAGAGAUCUCGGGUUUUUGGCCUUAGCACAAGGAUGAGUUAAAAUAAUCUAAAAAUUGCCAUUGGAACAAUUGCUUUUUAUUUGCAGUAACUUUUAUUUGGCAUUUUAUAUUUUUAUUUUUUAUUAUUAAAAUAAAAAAUACAUUUUAAGAUUUUUUUUAUAUUUUUUGUUGUGCUGGUUGUGUACGUUUUGUGAUUUGUGAAUGUUUCUAUUUUUUAGUCUCUUCUCACAUUUUAGUGGCGGUAAGUGUUUUUAAUUUUCAACGAGUGAGUCUAAGUCUUAAGUUUUACCUAAGAUUUGUUAGGAUUUGUCCGUUUUAGUGACUCAGUUUUAUUCACAUCCUGAAAUAAGAAACAAUAUGUCAUUGAGUUGUUCUGACCCACAUUGUCAUUUUCAUAACUAAAAUAAAUGUAAUGUUCUGAUGGUCAAACCUUGCUUGAUAGUUUUCCCAAGUACUGUGGGUGUCUUGUUACCUCAGUUUAAGAAGGGAGCUGCUGUAGCGAUGACGAUAUGUGGCCACUAGAUGGAAGACCUGUUGCAGCUUUUUGCCAUUUUCCUCAGCAGUGGGAGUUGAGUGGGUUCAUUUUCAAGGACUCACUUGCAUACAGACUACAUUUCUCCCUGGAGUUUCAUUUUUGAAGCACGUAAUAAUGAUACUGGCAACUGUUAGUGGGCCAAUUAUCGGUGCUUUUAUCCUAUUAAAACCCUUUAUGUCCACAGUCACCAUGUUAAUUAAUAAAAUGAGCUAUUCUAUGCUCCUGUGAGAGCUACAGCCUUGUGCUGUGAUGACAUACAGUAUUUUAUAUGAGCCACUGCAAGUAGAUUUUAGCUAUUCUUCUAUUUAUGCAUUCAUUUCAUCAGCAUUUAGUGGGCAAGAGGCUAAAUAUGUAUUCCAAUACAGAUAAGACUUAGGGAUAUAUUGUACUAUGUGUCUGAGCAUUUUCUGCAGUGAUUUUCUAUGUAGCAGUAAUAGUAAGUAUUGUAGCCUUCUAUGUAUGAUGACGCCACAGAGCCAUUCACGAUGUGCUUGUGUGUGAUGAUUCUUUUUCUUGGUUUGCUACAGUGCACACUUCCAAUACUUGAUGCCUUUCACCCAGAAAUAUACUUAUCCCAUUACCACUCUGUAGUUUUUAAUAAAAAAAAUAUUUGUGUCGCACUAAAAUCCUCCGUUUUUGGUAAUGGUGUCAGGAAAGCAGGACUCAGGGCAUCGGUCCUAUUUCUCUUUUGAUGCGAUUUGAACUUAUUUCAUCAUGUGUGACCUGACAUGUUGCAUCUUUAUUGAUCUAGCGGCAGAAGAGGCUUUGCAGUCUGCCCAACUUCCUGCAUUCAAUCUUGGCAAACACAUGGCCCCCCUCACUGCCAUUCUGCUUUUCUAAAUCUUUUUUUUUUUUUUUAACAUUUCAUAUGUUUUAAAUCUCAGAUCUGACAAUAGUGCAUUUAAAAUGCGUUUAUGUUAUGUUUAUGACUUGGUGAAUUCUGCUGUGAACACGCAAAUUGUGUCUCUGUAGC